AUGUUAUUUAAAAUAUUUGUUUUAGUAACUAUUGUGAAUUAUAUCCUCUUUACAGUGAAUUGUAUAAAAAUUGAAAAAAUAAAAAAAAACUUUUUUAUAAGCUCUGCAUGGAAAGUAGAGAAAAUCAAAUUCGCAAGGACCAAGGUAGACAAAAAAGGGUUGAGCAAUAUUAAAAUUGAUAACACAAAAAAAAUAAAUGAUAAUGAGGAUAGAUCUUCAAACAAUCGAUGGAACGAGUUAAAAUGUUUUCGAAACAAAUCAUAUGAAGGUAGUAAAUAUAUAUUUAAUCGAAUAUUUAAUGAUAAUGUAAAACAGAAUGGAGAUAAAGCUAGUGAACUAUUAUUUAGAGCUAACUAUAUUAAAGAAAUAAAUGGACUAUAUAAUAUGUUACCAUUAGGAUUAAGAGUAAUAAAUAAAAUUAAAGAUUUUAUAAAUAAUUAUUUGGAAAAAAUUAAUUCACAUACCGUUUUUUUAAGUAUAUUACAACCAAAAAGAUUAUGGAAUAUUUCAGACCGAUCUAAAUUAUAUAGUGAUGAAUUUUUAUAUGUAUAUAAACAAAAACAUCAAAAAAUUGAUACAGAUUUAGGUGAGAGUGUAAAAAAAAAGUUUGAAGAUGAUGGUAAUAUAUUAAGUCCAACAUGUGAAGAAAGUGCAUUAACCUUAAUUAAUGAAAUAUAUAAUUUAAAUGCAACAGAAAAACAUUUCCCUUUAUUAAUACAUCAAUAUAAUUAUAAGUUUAGAAAUGAAAAAAGAUUAGAAAAAAGCUUAUUUAAAAGUAAAGAAUUCUUAAUGAAAGAUGGAUAUUCUUUUCACACAAAUGAAAAAUGCAUGAAUGAGAUUUAUGAAAUAUAUAAAGAAUGUUAUAACAAUAUUUUUAAUGCAUUAGGUUUAAAAUAUAAUAUUAUAAAAAAAAGAAAAAAAGAUAAAAUGAAUGCAUUAGAAAGUCAUGAAUAUCAAAUUUUAUGUAGAGAUGGUAAAUUUAAAGAAGGUGCACACACAUUUAAAUUAGGUAACUAUUAUUCAAAAAAAUUAGAUAUAAAUUUUUUAAAUAAAAAAAAUGAAAAAAAAAAUAUAUAUAUGGGUUCCUAUGGUAUUGGAAUAAAUAGACUUCUUUAUUUUUUAAUUGACAAUUUUUAUGAUGAGGAUGGAAUCAAAUUGCCAAGUCAAAUUGCUCCAUUUUCUGUCUAUUUAAUUCAAACAAAUCAAAAAAGUAAAUAUUCAUCUGAAAAGGUUAAUAAAAUAGUAAACAAGCUAAAAAAUGAAGCUAAUGAAAAGGGUUUAACUAAAACCCAUGAUACACCAAUUUCACAUGAUACACCAAUGCCUCCUGAUUCGAUACAUAACUGUGAAGAAGGAAGAGACAACACACUCUACAACUCACUAAAUAGUAAUGACAUGGAAUACGUUUUAACUAUUUGGCUAUAUACCAUUCUUAAAGCAAAUAAUAUUGAUACCUAUUAUGAUAAUACUGAUUUACAUUUAUCGAGAAAAUUAAAAAAUUGUGAUUUAAUUGGAGCUUCAAAUAGAGUUAUAAUAAAUUUAAAAAGUGACGAAAAAAAAAAAAUUAAACUACCUACUGAUUUUUAUAAUUAUUUAGAUGAUAAUCAAAAUAAUAAAUAUAAUAUAUUCCAUAAUAAAUUAUAUCAAGCUUUUAAAAAUAUACGAGUAGAAUAUAAAAAUAGAUUUUCUAAUGAAACAAAAAAUAUUACAAUUCAUGAAUUGCUUAAUCAUUUUAAUUUAGUAUAA